GAACUAGGAACCUUAAUAUUGCGCGUCCGUGUUCGUACGGACGGAAAUCAAAGACGCACACACUUCCGUAAACUUACCCAGCCUUGCUGCUGUUGUUAGACAGUUUCACAUUUGAGAAUCUUCAUUCAGCUUCUCUGUUCGGAUUGAUCUCGGUUUUGUUUCCUCCGUGAUGGAUUGCAGCAAAUCCCCUGAACGAGAAGGCCGACAGAAGAAACAAGAGAAGAAGAAGAAGCGGAAACGCUCUCACUCUUCUUCGUCUGAUUCCUCGUCGUCUUCUUCCUCCAGCAGCAGGUCAUCAAAGAAACCCUCUCUCAAAACCCAAGAUGUGAAAACAGAAAAAAAGAAGCAGAAAAGAAGUUCCUCUUCCUCUUCAACGUCUUCCUCUUCUUCCUCGUCAUCUUCAACCUCGUCGAGUGGAAAAGACAAGAAGAAGAAAAGUAAAGCAAAGAGAAAGAAGGAGAAGAAGAAGAAGGCAAAGCUGAAGAAGCAGAAGAAGAAGCUGAAGAAGAAGGAGAAGAAGCUGAAGAAGAAGGAGGAGAAGGAGAAGAAGAAGGAGGAAAAGAGGAAGAAAGCGGAGGAGGAGAAGAAGAAAGCGGAGGUGGUGUUGCCCAGUCCUCCAGCGGAGAAGCUUCCAUCGUUCCUGGAGGUUUGGCAGAGUGACGAGGGGGCGUUGGAGCUGGGACCAGUGAUGACGGAUGAGCAGAAAGCCCGGCUGGCCACCAAGAGGCCCCUCACUAAAGAAGAGUACGACGCCCGGCAGAGCGUGAUCCGCAAAGUGGUCGAUCCAGAAACAGGACGCACCAGAUUGGUGAGAGGAGAAGGGGAGAUCAUAGAGGAGAUGGUCACGAAAGACAGACACAAAGAAAUCCACAAGCAAUCCACCAAGGGAGAUGGGAACGCCUUCCAGAAGAAACUGGGAAUCAACAGGUAGAAGAAGCCCUGAUGUUCCUCGGGAGUAAAGCCUCAAUAAGCUGAAUCUGAUAUAAUUCGCCUCUGCCAGUUUACUGUAGUGUAGGUACAUGUGCCGGCACGUAAUGAACACUACCUACAUUACGACCUCCAGGGACAUCCAGCUUCUCGUAUUGAUUUGCCUUUUUUAAUCUGUGCUGGAGUUUUAUUUUAAGUCUACUGAAAUCUCCAAAAGAAACUGUCCUAAAUAGUUUGAUAAUUCGCUGAUUAUUGCUUAUUUAUUCAUCUCCUUGUUUUAAAGCAUUUUGUCGAUUGCAUUUAAGGUAAAUUCCAGCGAGUAAGGUUGUCCGUUACUCAGAUGAUUUGUGACUUCAAACAGUCUGACCAAUCAAAUAUUUGUUUAAUUAGAAACUGAUUAAUGUUUUUUUUAAUGUCAAGCAUCCUUCCUGACUCUUUUGCAUACAUAUUUUACAUAUUGUGGUUCUCUGAACAAAUCUGUAUUUGUGUAACUUUUUUCCAGAGAAAUAAAAGUUAUUUUCUUAACUAUA